GUCCAUAAUAAUAAUGGAUGACAUUUCAUCAUAUUAAAGAAAAACAAAGAAUUAAUGUUGAUAGCUGAGAAUUCAUUUAAAAAGAAGAUUAAAAUAAUGAUUUUGUUGUAUUUGUUGUUGGUAAAGAGAUAAAAUAGCAAUUAAAAAAAGCGAAGGAAGAAUUUAACUUAAAUCAGAAAUCAGCCUAAGUUCCAAACAUAACAUUGUAAUGGGAAGUUAAUGAGUUUCCUAAUAUGUUCUAAGGACUAGAGUUAAUCACAUUUCUUCUAAGGAAGAAUGGUAGAUAAAGAUAUAAUACAAUUAUCUCUGUCUCAUUAAUAAGGCAGUGGAUAUUUGUAGAAAAUAGAAAUUCAACUAUCUUACAAUUCUCGCUAAGCUCAUUCAUCACUACUAUUACUAGUAUAGGUUCUAAUUGAUUAUGAUGGAUAUGAAUAUAAAAUAAGAAACCUCAAUAUCUAACUUAAAAAGACUUAAAACUUUGACUGAU